AUGGGUGGUGAUGAGUUUGAUGAGACUGAUGAUGAUGAUGAGUAUGAUGGGAUGGAUGAUGAUGAGUAUGACGAUGAAUGGGAAUUGAACUGUAAAAGGAAUGAUGAUUUUAUACUCAUAGCGUCUGUAACUGCAGCUGCAAUUUAUCAUCGGAGAAGACGGGCUGCUUAUUGUGAUAAGAUGUCGUGCAGGACAAAUAAAUUACAGGGUGCGAAAUGGGUAGCUGAAAUUUUACAUGGACACCCAGAUAGAUGCUACCAGACUUUUAGGAUGAAGAAAGAGAUUUUUCGAGACCUAUGUUAUCAACUGAGGGAUAAGUACAUGUUACGAACAAGUAACUACGUUCAAAUACCAAAAAUGGUUGGGAUGUUCCUCUUCACAUUGGGCCACUGUGCAGGGAAUGGAUUGGUGCAGGAAUGUUUUCAGCAUUCUAGAGAAACAGUUAGCAGGAUGUUCCAUGAGGUAUUGCAUAGUGUGUACUUGUUAUUAGUGGACAUCAUUAAACCGCGGGAGAACCAGCUUGACGAAGUCCCAGUUAGGAUUAGGGGUGACCGAAAAUAUAGCCCCUUUAAAAAUUGUGUUGGUGUCAUUGAUGGAACACAUAUCCCAGCUAUGAUUCCUAAACCUGACAGAGGUCGAUUCAUUGACAGAAUGGAUCAGCACAUUGAUGCACGUGUGUUCCAGGAUGCAAUUUCAACACGGAAAUUACGAUUUCCAAUGCCACCUCGAGGAAAGUAUUAUCUGGUUGAUGCGGGGUAUCCUAAUAAGACCGGUUUCUUGCACCCUAUAAAGGUGAGAGGUAUCAUUUAUCUCAGUUCGAAAAUGGUCGCCGAGCAACAGGUCCUCAUGAGGUUUCCUAUAUUGAGGAAGAUGCCAUCUUACCCCUAUGAAACCCAGGUUCAAAUUGUAAUUGCGUGCAUGACACUUCACAACUUCAUUCGAUGGAGGGUGACGAAUGACGAAGAAUUUACAGAAACGGAUGAAGGGGCAAGUAGUUCAUCUCAAGAACCAACUACUGAAGAUGUUGUUAUUGGUGUUGAUGAUUUGCGCGAUGACAGGACCAUGUCCUCUGUUCGGGAUAAGAUUGCAGAUAAACUUGUACGUAGGAGGCAGAGGUAG